AUGCGGGAGCCAAGCUUGCUGGAUCAAGUCAGCAAUGCCGGGGUGGGUGAGCCCGUUGUCGGAGCUGGGUUGCUCCGGAAAGAUGUGGGCGGAAAGCGGCCCGAUGAGGCCGAACGAGGUCGUGAGCGCCAAAGACAAGCCAAGCGCAAGACUGACGUGCAGCAGGGCUUGGUUGCUUUAGCUGCGGGAUCUAAGGGCAUUGCUAGGAUGAACUUUGUCCAACAGAUUUCCAGCGAAGAGGACGCGGCCGCAAAGCCUAACGCUAGCUCCCGAGACAGGAAGCGAAAGAAGCGCAAGCGUGAUGGAAGGCGCAGGAGGUCCUCGUCAAGUCGACCCAGCUCAAGGAGUUCUUCUUCGUCCGUUGUUGCCACCACCAGGGAUGGAGGUGUUGAGUCCCUGGCAGUGGCCUCAAGAAAGAAACCAGGGAAGCUGCUUCGGUCAGGACUGAUGGAGAUGAGACAGUAUCUCUUGGACCAUGGUGGGGCUGCCGCGAGCCAGGACAGCGUCGGAGAGGACUGGAGAUCCACGAAAGUGGGGGCAUACAUCAGUCAAGUUCUGUUCGUGAACCAUUCUCCCGACACCAUGGGCAUUCGAAAUGCCAGGGAGAUUGUCACCCUGGCCACUUGCCUUGAUCAUCUUUUGAGUGGUCAGCUGGCACGUGCGGGGGACGUCCUCAUGCAGCGCCUCAAAGCAGUUGAGUCCUCCCUGACUGAUGGCUGGUCAGUAGCCCGGCAUCAUGAGUUAAUUCCGCCGGCGCGGCCUGCAAUCGCCAAUGAUCGUGAAAGGGAUUUUGCGGCCAAGGCAGCUUUGAGAGCCGCCCGGCUCCAAGAAAGCUUGCAGAAGACUCGGGUCCAAAAGUCGGGCUAG